UCUCUCUCAUAUAACCAGUCUGUCUGACUCUCCUCUCAAACAGUCUUUCUAUCGUCCACUUGCUAGAGAGUUUGGAUAAAUGGGUCCCUUCUUCAUUGUGCUUUUCUCUUUGUGUGGAGUCCUGCAGGCACAAGAGGCCAAACCUCUGAUCUCGCUGGACGACUGCUGUAAAGAUGGCAAGCAGAGAGGCCAAGAGUCGCAGGACUGCACGAGUCUUCCGCUCAUAUCAGAAUCCACAACCUGCAGGAUAGCCCAAGAACAAUGUUGUGCUGCCGUACUUGAAGACAACACCUGUACCAAUGGUAUCAAUAUGGCGAAAGACCAGGGAAGCUGCCAUGUCCUCUUGUCCGGCAGUACAUGUGAAACUAAAACGGCUAAGAUGUGCUGCGAGUGUUGUUUGCUUGGCAGGGCGGUCCAGGAACAGGAUUUGUCAUGUGACCUCAGCCUUCCUGUGGGGUACCAGUGUGGUCUGGUGUCCCGGAGGUGCUGCGUGGAAAGCUCAUCGUACAGUGAUGCAAAAUAUACACAGGAUAAAUCUUCCCACGGUGCAAUACAGAGUGCAGGGGACCAGUGCAAAGCUGCCAAUUGUGCUCAUAUUUGUGUUGGCAACGGGACAUGCGUUUGUUUUAAGGGACACAAGUUCAAAGCAGAUGGAAAAACCUGUGAAGAUAUUAACGAGUGUUUGUUGGGGUCUCAUCACUGUCGUGCUGGUGAGCGUUGUAUCAACACAAUGGGCUCCUAUCGCUGUCAGAGAGAGGUCAGCUGUGGCACGGGUUAUGAACUCACCGAAAACAACAACUGUGAAGAUAUUGAUGAAUGUGAGACAGGCACACACAACUGCGCACCUGAACUCCAGUGCCAGAAUACGAUCGGGUCGUUCCGUUGCCGACCAAAAGUGCAGUGUGGCGCGGGAUUCAUACAGGAUGCUCUCGGGAGCUGCAUCGAUAUAAACGAGUGUUUAAGUGUAACUGGACCAUGUCAACCAGGUCAGAUGUGUUUUAAUACAGUCGGCUCUUACACAUGCCAGAAAACCACGGUUUACUGCGGCCGGGGAUACCACCUGAAUGCCGAGGGGACUCGCUGCACAGAUAUUAAUGAGUGUGCGGGGCUUGAUAACACCUGCGAUGGUCACGGCUGUAUUAACCUGAUUGGCUCGUACCGCUGCAAGUGUCGAUCCGGUUACGUGUUCAACAGCGUCAACAAACUUUGCGAAGACAUCAAUGAAUGCAGGAAUUAUCCUGGACGUCUAUGUGCUCAUAAAUGCGAGAAUGUCCUGGGGUCCUACCAAUGCAGCUGUACUACCGGCUUUAAGCUGGCCAACGAUGGGAGAAACUGUGACGAUCUCAACGAAUGUGAGACGAACCCCUGCAGUCAGGAGUGUGCAAAUGUGUAUGGGUCCUACCAGUGUUACUGUCGCCGUGGUUACCAGCUGAGUGAUGUGGAUGGAAUCACUUGUGAGGACAUUGACGAGUGUGCUCUGCCGACUGGUGGACACAUCUGCUCGUACCGAUGUCACAACUCGAUGGGAAGCUUCCACUGCACGUGUCCGGUGACGGGAUACAGGGUCGCCCCCAACGGACGCAGCUGCCAGGAUAUCGAUGAGUGUGCAACCGGCACUCACACCUGUACAGAGUCUGAGAGCUGUUUCAACAUUCAGGGUGGAUUCAAGUGCCUGACAUUUGACUGCCCAGCCAACUACAUCCGCUCUGAAGAAACCAGGCCAAUUGUCAACCGUGCGGAUAUUAUCCGAUGUGUGAAGUCCUGCCAACCCAGCGACAGUUCUUGCGUACUCAAUCCCGUCCUCUCCGUCUCCCACACGGUCAUCACACUCCCCACCUUCAGAGAAUUCACCAAACUAGAAGAAAUCGUAUUCCUGAGAUCCCCUUCUCCUUCACACAUUCCUCAUAUGGAUUCCCAGGAGAUCAUCUUUGACAUUCUAGAAGGAAACGUCCAGAACGCCUUCGACAUCAUCAAGCGACUCGAUCAUGGUAUGGUCGUGGGUGUGGUGAGACAGGUGAAGCAGCUGGUUGGCCCUUUGAACACCAUACUGAAGUUGGCCAUAAACUACGUCACAAACGGGGUCGUUUCUCACCGGAACAUCAUCAACGUUCACAUCUACGUGUCUGAAUUCUGGUUUUAAAGAUGUCCUCCGCAGACUUUGUGUUCUUAUAUAUUACGUGUCCAUUUAUGAGUGUCAAUUCACCGUUGAGUUCCCCAAAACACGUCUAGUGUUGUUUUGAAAGAUUGCAAUGUAAAAGAAAACUGAUAUCCUGUACAGCCUGACAUACAAUUACCCAUUUCAAUUUCAUGCCAAUUUAGACAAAGUACAGUGGAGAGAAAAAGUAUGUGCACCCUUUGGAAUUAGCUGGUAUUUUGCAUUUGUUGGUCAUACAAUGUGAACCUGUCCUUUUUCCACAGCACUGUGAAUGUUUAAUGGGAUGUGUUCAGUAAAGACAUGAAAGAUUAUAAUUGUUUGUGUGUUGUCAGCUUAAGCACAUUGUGUUUGUCUAUACGUGUGACUUUGAUGAAGAUGAGAUCACAUUUUAUGACCAAAUAAUGCAGAAAAUCAGCUGAUUCCAAAGGGUGCACAUACUUUUUCUCGCCACUGUAAUUCGAAUUACUGCCCCCAGUGGUUGAAGCUGGAAGUAUUGUUGAAUGUACGGGCACGCUUGUGUGCAAGUUUCUUGGUUAAAUGUCCACAGGGUGGCGCCAAAAACAAGUUUAAUUUUAGUUGUAACUGAUGUAAUAAUCAACAGGAAUGCAUAUUUGAUUAACUAUACGCCCCAACCCUAGUAAAAAUGUAAUUUAAGACUGAAAAUGAAGAUGAGAUUACAUUUCAUGACUAAAUUAUGCAGAAAAUCAGCUGAUUCCAACGGGUGCACAUACUUUUUCUCGCCACUGUAAUUGACACUUAAACAAAUAGUUCACCCAGAAAUGAAAACUUGGCUUUCAUUGACUCACCAUGUUGUUCCAAAUUCCCCAAAUAUGCCUUUAAUAGGAUUAAAGUUGUGUGUGAUAGUAUUUAAAUAUAAACACGAAAAUGAAUGAUUUCUAUUUUUUAACCAACCACACAAGAUUUACAAGAACAAUACGACAUUAAAGGACACUGCAUGCCCUGCUUUAGACGCCACCAUGUUUAAAUCAGCGGGAAGAUGUAAUUUGCUGCUCUAAUGCUUUUUAUCGUAGAAUGAAAAAGCAUGUAUGUUUUCUUAUUUCCUCUUCAGCUGCUUUGGGAGAUUCAAUGAGUUGAUGUGAGAUGAAUAUGCAGUUGAUGACUAGACACUGAUUGUAUGCUUGUACACACUAUUCAGUCCAUAAUGUAUAUUAUGCAUCACAGACUGUGUAAUUAAAUGUUUUUAUUUUU